AUGGAUCCUUCACUUUACAAGGCGAUUCUCGAUCACAAAACCAAAGGCCUGUAUUCAGCGGGCAUCGCAAAAUCCGACAAAAAUGAAAUUCGCCGAAAGGCUGCACAAUACGAAGUUGAAGGUGAGUGACAUUUUCAUGAACUUCUAUAUUCAGGAGAUUUCAAGAAAUCGUUUUAUAUUCAGGCAGGGGCCAAAUGGCGCAGGCCUUCAUGGAGUCCGAGCGAGUUUUCUGUACAGAUUCUUCGACUAAAGAUCACGCACGCACUUUGCUUAUGUCUUUCUACUGUAACUUGUGAGGACGGCAUAAAUAAGGUAGUUUAAUGCCAAAUCAGUCUACAGAAUAUAUUUUUCUUUCAGAGUGCUUCCUGAGCUGGAAGAAAAGGAAAGGUGGAAUAAUUGGGACGACCCAUAAACCUAUUCCCACAACUUACAAAAAUUUUUAUGUCAUGUCAUAUAGGCCUACUUGUAAUUAUGUAAUUAUGCGGGGGUGUCUCCCCAAGUAUUAUCCAAGACACAUAGCAAACGCGAGAUGUGGUGGCGUUAGAGAGCUUACCUGACAAGUUUGGCUGCUGAUCUCAUGUUCUUUCUGACAUGUGCUCAUGUUAUUCCUCUGGGAACGUAAAGAAAAACAUGAAAACGAGUAAUACAUUCACAGAUACAGAACUUUCCCCCUUAAAACAAUAAUAAUUAUGUUAUCAAUCAUUCACAGACAUUUUAAUUGUUUUCUUAGAUUACCUGUCAUUGUAUUUUAAAUCCAAAACCUGCAAAUUAUUUGAAAUGAAGAGUCUAAUUAAAAAUAGGCCCUUAGGUAUGAAUGUGUGAGUCAAUCAUGUGUGUGUCCUGUGAUGGACUGGUUACCUGCCCAGGACGUAUUCCUGCCUUGCCCAAUAUUUGCUGGGAUAGGCUCCAGCACCACCUGUGACCCUGGUAAGGGGUAAGUAGCGCCAUAGAGAAGGGACAAUGGUUAUUGCAGGAAAUCUCACACAAUAAUCCCUUAUGUGGGAAUACUUGCUUUGCCUGUGUCUCCAUUUUUUCUUCUACUUUGUUACAGAUUUCUCUGCAAAUCAUUUUGCAUGAUACAACUUUUCUUCAGGAAGUUUUAAACAUUUCAUGUAGUUGUAGCUGAACAUGGAGCCUCCCUGGCUAUUUUUUUUUAUCCAAUUUAUCUGUAACAUUGGGUGUCUAAACAUGAUAACAAUCCCAUCCAGCUGUAGCAACCUUCACAAGAAAAUGUUUCCUGGGGUUAAUAUAUUUUCCAAUUUAUUCCUUAGGAGAGGAACCGUUCUACAGAGGUGCGGCCAGAUCCUCCAGAACAGAAGUAGUGUGUGGACAGAAAGAGGCCAAAGAAAUCUUUAUAGAUUUUCAUGCCAGUGCCAGAGGAGCCCACACUGGACAAAGGAAGACCCGGGAUGCCAUUUCCAGGCGAUUUUUCUGGCCUGGAAUGGCUGCAGACAUCGAUAAAUGGGUAAUUGAAUGAUACUGGAAGCUAAUUUGCUUUUUAUAUAAUCCUACCAGAACUUUGUUUUAUUACACAGCUUGGAGGACUGGUGCUUCUGUUACUUCACAGAAUAUGAAAUUUCAGUAACCAAAAUGUUGCCAGCUGACGGGAAACUUGUUCAUGUGAAAUGUGGUCUGCAGGUGUCCGUAUGUAUAGUUUGCCAGGCUGGCCAGCAAAUGGUCAAAAAGGAGGUGGAGUAUACCCCUAUAAAGGUAAACAUAUCUUAGAUCAACAUUUUCUUCCACGGCUUUGCUCUGAGUCCUGGGGUCACAGAGGAAGCUCUAAAAACAUGUCAAUUGAAAUAUAAUAGAAAGGAUAAUUACUACUUCUACACAACAGCAUGUUAACAUAUUAACAUAGAAGUUGGCAUUUGUUUUUAUUUACACCCAAUAACUAGUUAAAUUGUCCCUAGGGAUGCUGCUCCUAAUCUGAUGUUCUUUUUUAUGCUUUUUUAGGUCAAGCACCCAUUUGAACUGAAAAUGGCCACAGGCCUAUCCGUUAAAAUCAAAAAAUACAGCAGAGGUGACCGAGUGCAUUGUAAAAAAUUUUCAUCAGUUCGAGGCACCAAAAAGGAUUUUAACUGACCAAGGGACAGAAUUUGUGAAUGAGGUAAAUAUGGAAACCUUGACAACUAUUUGACAGAAUUAAUUUAACUGUGUGUAGUAUAACAGCUUCUAAAUAUAAGUAUUCCCACAUUUAUUUUUAAAUAUCAACUUUCCUGUGGUUGAUACAAAAUGGUACAUAUCCUGUAAAAAAUGCUUCCCUUUACAAUCCUGCACCUUCCGAACAAAAUAUUUAAUCACAACUAUGUUUUACUGUUUAAGACUUUUGUGUACUUUACAUUGACAGAUUAACAAGAGCGUGUGUGCAAAGCUGGGGAUCCAACAGAGCCUUUGUGCUCCCUAUCAUCCCCAAACAAACGGUUUGGUGGAAAGGAUGAAUGGGACCAUCCAAAGGUGAGGAAUAUAUAGGUCCAAAAUUUUCAAGGGUCAAUCUAUUUAUUUAAUAUGACGUAUAUGGUCUUCAGUUUACACUAGUACAAUGUAAAUGAGGGAUUUUCGACAAAUGCAAAUUUUAAUUUAAAAUUUAAAUUGUGUUUAUUUUUUCAGGGCUCUCAGCAAGCUGGUCGGCAACAAUCCAGAAACAUGGGACGAGUAUUUGGAUGCCGUGAUGUUUGGGAUCAGAUCAAAAAAACAAAUUACAACAUCAUACUCCCCUUACUUUCUGAUGUUUGGGAGAGAGGCCCGGUAUCCAUCAGAGAUCCCUGAGGACUACAGGGUUAGUGAAAAAAUCCUAAAAUGAUUUUAUUACAAGUUUUAAUGUUCUGUAAAUGCAACCGGAAGCAGUGUCAGUGCAAAGCAAAUCAAGCUAUAUUGUCUUCUAUAAAAGACAUUUUACAAAAUCUCCUGCUAAAUGAUUUUCUUUCACAGUUGGACAGCAGUGUUGAGGCUGUUGUGGGAGAGGAAGCUCUGUCGGAGGACAUUGAGCGGCUGGAAGGUGUUCGGGCUAUUGUCCAAAGGAAUGUGGAGAAGCAGCAGGAGAAGACACGGCGGAGACUACAGUCAGGUGCUCCAAAGGUAGAAUUCAAAGUUGGAGACCAGGUCUGGCGGCAGAAUAUAAGGAACCAGCAGAGGAAGGGUGGAAAGCUGGAGGCAAACUUCCUUGGUCCUUUUACCAUCACAGCACUGCAGGGAAAAAGUGCUGAUCUCAAGGGAGAGGGUGGUGCAGUGUUUCCGAAGGUAAAUGUUGACCACCUCAUCAGAGUAAGGCAGGAGGAGCCACGUAUUCCACAUAAGAUAAAAUCUUCUGUGGCCCCAUCCACACAUGCCCAGACACCUGCUGCUUCAUUUGCACCCCAGACAUACCGGCCCUCUGUCAUUCAGUUGGCAAAAUCCACAGCAACUGCACCUCCAGCUGCACCAGCCUCUGCUCCUCCAGCUGCAACAGCCUCAGGACCUCCAGCUGCAACAGCCUCUGCUCCCCCUGCUGCACCAGUCUCAGCACUUUCAUCUGCUCUGGCAACUCCAAAAUACAAAUCAACUUCAAUCAAAAAAUGUAAGUAUUUUCUAUACUAUGCUUACUUAGUCUUGCUUUCUUUAAAAAGAAAUGAACAUAAGGAUUGUAACUCCUUCGUUGCAUUGAUACAGAAUGAACUAAAAUAAUAUUUUCCGUAGAAAAGACAAUCAUAACAUUUUUUAGAAUUGUGGUUGAAUUGAAAAAUGAAAAAUAUGUUUUUGAAAAGGGGUUUUAUGUUGUAAUUAAAAGGUUAAUGAAUUCAGCACGUUAUAUAGUUUGAUAUGCCUCAAUUUCUGCAGAUGUAAAAGAGGCCUUUGCAGGGAAAAAGGCCCAUGUCCUUCUGUCCCUGAUUGGGAAGUACAAGUUGUACUUUUGGGACAUUGAAAGGAUUGGUCCCAACCGGGAGCUUAAGAGCGAGGUAUUAUGCUGUCAUCAUUGUCUGACGCCUUUACAUCACUCCGCAUAUGAGCAAUUAUGGACUAUACACAUUUUGACAAGGAUUUGUUUCUAUUAAUGAAGUUAAUAGUGCAUAAAUUGUAAUUCAGUGACCUGCGAAAUUAUUUGAUAACUCAUCCUCCAUACUGAAUCUAUGUAGCUGUUACACUGAGUCAGUCAACAGUAUAUGGAACUGCAUGUCUCACACACAAUGAAUUUAUUCAUAGGUAAUCAAUGCCUACCUGACCCUGCUUGUCCGGGACUACAACAACAUCAAUGCAGAUAAGGCUGAGGUCAUCGACAGCUUUAUGAUAACUGCAAUUUGGCAAGGAAAAACACCAAGACUCAGGACUGUAUGUAGUGGACUGUUACAGUAUGCACGUGGAAUUUGUUUCUCUGAUUAUGCAAUUAAUGUUCAUUAGUUCUUCCUAUUUUCAGCUCGAUCCAAUGGCAUUCUCUGUAAUUGUGGGAAUAGUAAAUGAACACCAGCAGUGGAUGUUGACGGUAAGAUGAGAAGUACUGUGCAAAUCUUGCUUUUUUAAGAUCUGUAUCAGUGGUUCUGAAGGCCCUCUCUAUUUUCAAGGUUUGAACUCCCUUCCAAAGGCCAUUUCUGAAGUAUAAAAAAAAUGUACAUGUACCCAUCCAAUCUUAAAGAUUAAUCCGUCCAAUGGUAGGUUUGUGCCUAACUUAUCGUGUUUCCAUGUUAAGAAUACAAAGGUCAUCUACCCACAUGAGAGGAGAUGCCUUUUUUGGAUCCAUUGGGUGAGUCUGACAGGAACAUGAAGAGAUGCCUGGAGUCAACAAGGUAAUUUUUCUCCAUAAACGGAUAUUUUCUGAUACACAGUACUUGCACUAUGAUGUCAGACAAAAAAAGCAGUUCUAAGAGCUGUUAAAUGAUGAUUGUGCAAUAGUUUUCACUAACAAUAUUUCUAUUAUUAAGGGCCUUUAUGUGCAAGAAAGGCUGCAAUGUGUCAAGGUGGGCAUGCAGCACCCUGACUCAUGCACACCAGCAAGAUGGAACAUCAUGUGGUGUCCUGGCCUUAAAAGUGAGUGUACAAUACACCAUUGAAACAAUGUGGACAACCUCAGGGUCAUUAACAAAACCAUGACCUAUUAACCUGUUUUCUUACAUGAUCAUGGAUGUUUGUGAUAUGUAUCAUACAGAAACUGUAAUUUUGAUGUUAACAAGAAACACUUAUGUGUAUUCACAUGUUGCUCAAUGUAAAAACAUGGAUCUUAGCAUCUUGCUAGUUUAUGUAUUCAUCUUAAGAUGCUUAUAUGCUAACCUAAGUUCUCUUUAGUUUGCAGAAAAAAUAUUAAAAGGUGAGCAAAUUGGCAUCAAGACCACACAAGCGGCAGUUCACAAGAUGAGGCUAGAUAUAGCCUUUGUCCUGCUCCAAGAAUCGGGUGAGUUUUCUUUCCAGCUGAUCAAUGUUAAUUAUUCAUGUUUUAGCAGUUAUAAAUCUAUGCCCUUCAGUUAAAAUGACAGGGAGGGUAGUAAAUUAAUACUGUGGAAUAUACAGUACUAUACAAAAUAAAUGCUUUGUUCACACCUGAAAUGGCCCAUAACCUUGGUACAGGACUCUAUAUCGUAUCAAUUUAUAAAUGUUGGAUAUUUUUGUGGAAUUCAUUAAGUAACAAAAACAGUGCAUGUGUGGAGGGGGUCCUCCUGUCUCACUUUCUUUUAACCAUCUACGUAAUACAAGAUAGUCUCAAUCAAGUGUAUUUGAAAAUUGGUUGAUUGCUUAACAUUACACCUUACUUUAUUUAACUAGUUUAAAAAAAGUUUCUAACAUAUAAAUAUUUUUUGGUAAAUGAUCUCAAAUGAAGUUUGCCACUAACUCUGUUAAACCAUAAAAAACAAUGAUGUCAAAAUUUAUAUCAAAUAAUCAGGACAGCCUAAUACAAUUACAUAUUAAUAGAGUUUAAUUUAAUUUCUGCAAAAUUUUGGAAUAAAUUCCAGAGUGAAUGUUGACGCAUACUCUCUUUCUGAACAGAUGACCUCAGCAAGGUCUGCCACUGCUGUGGGUUGGAGGAGAACAAUAACCCUCAAUGGGUAAGUUUUUAACAGUACAAGUAUAAAUAAUGGAAUAAGAGGACCUGGAAUUAAAUAUUUGAAACAGGAAUUUUACAUGCAAGUAUAAUCAGAAAGUAAUCAGUAAAUGUAACCUACAAAUGUCCAAGAAGUAAUGGUGCCAAAAUUAAAUUGCAUGUACAUGAUAAGGAUGACACGAAAUUCUCUGUCUUUUAAGAUUUGCAGUGACAACUGCGACAGAUGGUUUCACCAUGAGUGUGUCCUAAGGCCAGACAUCAAAAGGGAUUAUCUGUGCCCUGCAUGCACAUAACUAAAGCUUGAACCCUGGAUUCUCCGGGAUGGGGGCUUGGGAUUGUUGUACUGUAUCUAUGUCAUGACCUUCUGCCCAGUAUUUAUUAUAAUUUCUGUUCAUAGACAUUUUCUUUCUUAUGAAGAGUUAAAUUUUAUAAAAGGCAUUUAUUCUAUUUUAUUAAAUAGCUUUGUGUUCCCUUAAUUUAACUUUGUUUGACUUUAAAUAUUGUAAAUUUAAAUUAUUUAAUUAUUUGUGACUUUUAUUAUUUGUUGGUUUUAAUAAACUUAAAUAUUUAGCCUUGUUUGAUAAGAAGUUACAUUUCUUCUCUGACCUUUAAAGAUUUUAUUUGAUUAAAAGAUAGGUUUCAGAUACAAUCAUCAUGAUGCUGAUUUAUUUAUGAUGUUUUGUGUGACAGGGACUUCCUCUCUAUUGUAAGGUAAACUUUGUGAGUAAAGACCAAUGUAGCAUAAGCUGGGGACACUGUACAUACCAAGAAAUAGAUAAGGGGUGCUUUCUCAGGUAGAAAUCAAAGACUUUCUGCCGGAAAAUGCACCCCCACCAUAAAUGCAUUUCUGUUGGACCCUGCACCACAUGAUUUUUACAAUAUACAGAGGGGGCUAGGAGGAGUAACCAGGGUGAGUUUCAUGGCCCACUGACCUUCCUGGCCAGAGAUAGACAGGGGGUGCAUCUCUGAGCAAUGGCCUCAACAGCCUGCCAUGAAAUGUAUUCUCCAUACAUUGUACCUCAGCAUCAGGCACAUUUAAUUGGAUACUCUUGGUGCCGAAGUUGUGUACGUUCAAAUAUGACGCGUCCGAAAACCGAAUUGUCAUCUGUCGACUUCUGACUCAUCCAUUUAUUCAUUUAUCCAUCCACUCAUGAGCCUCUAUAAGUGGAAGAAAAUGAUCUUAUAUUAAAAAAAAAAACACGAGUAUUGGAUCAUGACAACAUGUCAAAUAUUCUUUCCGUUUUUAUGUCUCUCAAAAAUGUACACAUAUAAGAGUACUUGGGUAUAGAAACUGUACAGCAAUCUGUCGAGGUAGAGAACAUUAUAUUUUCGGGACAGCAAAUAUUCCGAAUCAGAGGGCUAUUGUUUUCGGUCUUUCUGCAUAGGCUGAAUGAAAUCAUUAAAGGCACACCUUUUUGAAUCCAUCCAGUGGUACGGAAAACUUGGAUUAUUUCACCUUGUUAUGCACUUACAACCGGCUCCUUGGGUCAUUACAGCUGAGUUUACUAUUGCUACAGAAUGCGGUUUCAGGGAAGAAGAAAAGAAUGGCGACGUGUUGUUGUGAUUUAUUUGAAAUGCACACAUAUCUGUCCUUUCCCCAGCAGUCCCUUCACCAGAAAAGUUAAAAAACGAAGUAGUUUUCCGCUUUAUAUUGUGGCAACUCGAGCUAGUUGCUGUACUUUUCGAACCAAGUGACGUGGGGGGGGGCCCUUCAAAUUACAAUAGGGCCCUAAAAAGUUCAAAAUGUCAACAGACAACACACAUGAUGAAGUUAACUAGAUAUGUAAUUCGUCUCCCUCCUUUUCUUUCUUCCUCUUAUUUCUCGCGCAGCUCAACCUGGACAUGUCUCGCAGCAGCUGCAGCAGGACAGGGAGAGACAGACAGACAGUGCAUAUGCGUAUUAAACAUACAAAAAAUAUUAAAGUAAACAAUACAAAUGUUUAAAGACUAAACGCCAUAAAUAUCAAGUAUGUAUUAUAUUAAAUAUUAAAUGUGCUUUGUGCAAUAGAAAAAGAAAAUACUACACACACACACACAAACACACAAUUCUAUUCAUUCUUAUUUCGUUUUAUUGUUUAAUAGUUGUCUCUCUGCCUCUGGCUGCAGCAGCAGCUGUGUGCCUUUGUGUGUGUGUGACUGUCCCGCUCGCUCGGGCUCGGCUGUCGGCUCGUGGGGCUGCGGCACUGUUUGUUGGACUCGUGAGUACAGAUACCCCCCACAAGAGAACUGCGGUCAAGCCAGCCGUCUUUCACUGUGGCUUAGUCAAACCAGCCGCUCCUGGAUUUUUAGUGGGCUCGUACUGCAGCCUUUACUGUAAUCUCACAGACUCUCCCACUCCGGGACUUCACAGUUGUGAGCUAUUGCCAGUCGUGCCGCUAUCAAGCAAGCUCUGGACCUAGUGCCGAGGCUCUUUCCGGUUUUAACAGGGAAUCCCUGGAGGUGUGUGGUCAGCCAAGGCAGCCCCUCGCCGUGCCUCGGAGAACACAACCGCCCGCUUUCUCUUGCAGAGAUAG